AUGGAUCCUACUGCCGUAAAUAAUUAUCCGGUUUUUUAUGUUAAAAAUAAAGAUUUUUUAAACGUAGAUAAUGAAGAUAUAAGAUGUAGCUUAAAAAGAUUUGAAGAAUAUAUCCAUGAGUGCUUCAGCAUAUUACCAUAUAAUAAGAUAAAAAUACAAAAUGAAGAAAAAAUUUCAGUGCAACAUUUUUGUGAUGUACUUGUGUUUAAUCAGUGUGAACAAAUAAUAUGUGCUAUUAUUGAAAAAAAAUGUAAUGAAAAAACAAAACAAUUUUUCCAAGAAGUAGAGAUAAGAAUUAAAAAUGAGGAAUUUAAAAAUGGAGAAGAAGAAUUUUUAAAAUUAUUUGUAUCCAUAUGGAAUAAUUUUUCUUUAGUACUUAUACAUAUAUCUGAUAUAUUACAAUCUUUUAUUGCUUAUACCAAAAAUAUGUGUUGUAAUUUUUUCGACCCCACACAAAUUUUUAAUUAUCUAUGGAAAAAAUAUAUUAAUGAAUAUGUUAUAAUAAAAAAUAUGUUUAUAUCUAGUAUAUGUAAUUGUUUAACUUAUGAUAAAAUAUAUUGCGAAACAUAUUUUUAUGAAUACGUAUGUGUUAACAUUUGUAAUAAAUAUGCAACAAAAGGAUAUAACUUAAAAAAAAAUCAAAUCAAUUAUAUUGAACGUUUACAGCAUAUUCAAAAGAAUGACCAAGUAAAUAAUGAAGAAAGAAACAAACAAAUUAACAAAAUAAAUAAAAAAGAUCGUAUAAAUAAAAAGGAAAUUCCAACAGAGAGUAUUAGUUAUAAAAUAAAAGAGGAAGAACAUAUACAAAGGGGUGACCAUAAUAGUAGUGAUAAUAAUAAUAAUAAUAAUAAUAAUAACAAUAGUUAUGAUAAUAAUAAUAAUAACAGCGAUGAUAUUUAUAAUUCUAACCCCUAUCUUGAUGAUACCAACCAAGAAUAUAAAAAUACCCAAAAAAAAAAAAAAAUUAACGAUAAAGUUCUCUCCCUAAGUAUAAAAAUUAGCGAUAUACUAAACUUAUAUGAUGAUUUUGAACGUAUUUAUAAAAACGAAACCUAUACGUUUUAUAAAGAAAAAAUUGAAAAAUAUAAAAAAGAUAUGGAAACGUUAGGUUAUGAAGAAUGUAAGUUUGAUUUCCCAAUAAUUGUCGAAAAUUAUUUAUGUCAUGAACAAAUAAGAAGUCGUAAAUUCUUAAAGGAACAUACAGAAAUAAGUAUUUUAAUUAUGUUAAAAGAUCUAUUAUUAGUAAAAAAUAAAGAUGUUUUAUUUAAAGAUUCAUAUAUUAAAUAUUGUAUAAUUAAAGAAAAAUAUGAUCCAUUAAGAUCUGUUUAUUUAUAUUCUCUAAAUUUAGAUGAUUUAGAAAAUUUUUCUAAUAUUUUUUUUAAUGUAGUAGAUAAUAUUGGAACAGAAUUAGUUAAUGACGUUAUAAACAAAAGAAAUAAUUCGAGCUUAUUAAAUAAUGCCAUUAUCAAAUUAACAAACUUUAAAUUAAAUGUAGAUAGAAUCAUUAUUAUGUCUUUUAGAUAUUCUUCAUAUUUUAUGAAAAAAUGGAGAGAAGUUUUUGAACAUUUUAUUAAUAAGGGUAUACAAGCAGAAACAUAUAUGCCAAUUAUACUGAGUAUGUAUCUCAAUAAUUUAUUAACAAUCUACAAUGCAUGUUUAAGAAAACUAAAAAAAUAUUAUAUACUAAAUAAAAAAAUACAAAAUAAUCGAAGCCUAUUUAAUAAUCUACUUUUUGAGAUUGAUUGGAAUAAUUAUUGUACUCAACCAAUAUCCGAAACAAUUGACUUUUAUGAUAUAUCAACUGAUAGUGAUAAUAUGUUAGGAAUAAAAAAAUAUUUACGAAAAAAAAGGAAAAAUGCAAAAAAAGACCUUAUAAAUUUUGAGCAUGAGGAGGAAUAUGUUAAAAGGAAACACAUGGACAACAAUAUUCAUAAUAAUGAUCAUAAUGAUAAUAUAUAUUUUAAUAAUAAUUUAUAUUUUAAUAAUGAUUACCAUAAUAAUCUUUAUUAUGACAGUCUCAAUAUAAACAAACGAAGUGAUGAAAAAAUAUUUUUUCAUCUUUUAAAAAUCGAUAAAUUAUUUAAAAAAUAUCAUAUCAUAGGAAAAUAUAUUAUGAAUAUGAUAACCGUUAUUCUUAGUCUUUUUAGAUAUGUAAGUGACAAAGAAAAAUUUGAAAAAUACUAUCGAACAUAUAUGUGUAAGAGAUUAAUAAACGAUUCAAGUUUCAAUAUUAUUUUAGAUGUCAAAGUUUUUAAAACACUCAAAAAAGAAUGUGGUGCACAAUUUACUAAAAAAAUAGAAAUUAUUCUAAAAGAUAUGAAGUUUACAUCUAAAGCAUUAAUGAAAUUUUAUAAAGAACUACCAAAUAAUGUUAACCACUUUUUAAAAAGGAAAAAAUAUGCAGUUAAUAUAAUUUUUAAUGAAUCAUGGGAAUAUGUAAAUACAGAAAAUAAUGUAAUAUAUCCUCCAAUGAUAAAAAUGUGUAACGAAGCAUUUUUCCUAUUUUAUCAAAAGUAUAAUAAGUCCAAAAAUAUUAAAUUCUUACCUUUAUUGGGUUUAUGUACUCUGAGGGUACAUUUUAAAAAUUUUAAGGAGGAAGGUUCAUUUGAUUUGGAAAAAAGAGAUGAUAAUAAUAUUGAAAAAAGAGAUGAUAAUAAUAUUGAAAAAAGGGAUGAUAAUAAUAUUGAAAAAAGGGAUGACAAUAAUGAUGAAAAAAGGGAUGAAAAUAAUGACGAAAAAAUGGAUGAAAAUAAUAAUAAUAAUUAUAGUGAUGAUAAUGAUGAUGAUCUUAAUAAUGAGGAUAGUUCUAGCACAUAUAAUAAGAAAAGGAAAAAAAAAAUUUAUAUUACAGUUACCAUAUUACAAGCACUUGUUUUAUUAUUAUUCAAUAAAAAAAAUGAAUAUCAUAUUAACGAAAUAAAAGAAUUAACAGGAAUAUCAACUGAAAAUAUAAUACGAUAUCUAAAAACCAUAUAUACCAUAGGAGAAACACAUAUAUUAAUUUAUGAUAAAGCAAAUGAAACAUUAAAAUUAAAUUUUUCAUUUCGUUCUAAGAAAAAAUUUCUUAUUGUUAAUUAUAAUGAUGUAUUAUAUAAAGAUGAUAUGGGACCAACAACUUCAUUAUCAAAUGAAGACAAUGAAAUAGAAGAUAAAACCUUACACAUAGAUGCAGCUAUUGUCAAAUUUUUAAAAACAAAUGGAAAAUCAUCAGAAAGAAAAAUAUGCUCUUUUAUUAAAGAUAAAAUGGAUAUCUCAUCAAAUGAACAAAUUAAAAAUAGAAUAAGUUCAUUAUUAAGUAGAGAAUUCAUAUUUUUCAAAAAUAAUAAUUAUCAUUAUGAAUUGUAA